AUGGCUGACGAGUACGCAGACUUGAAGCAGAUGUUGCAGCAGCAGCUGAAGCUAAUGGAGGCACUCACCGUUAAGCUGUUCAACUCGUCGAUGGGUCAAUCAAGCGCGGCAGGUGGUUCGCAAACUAUUGAUCACAUUGCCGGCAGCAUCACUGAAUUCUUGUAUGACCCGCAGGCCCAUAUCACCUUUGAUUCCCGGUACAAACGAUACGAGGACUUGUUCUCUGUCGAUCUGGCUGCCCAGGACGAUGCAUGGAAGGUUCGACUGAACACGAGCGUUAUGCCAACUUUAUCCUCCCCAAGAAUCCCAGAUAAGUCGCUUUCAAGGACACGGUUCAGACGUUGUCGCAGAUUUUUGGUGAGCAAUCAUCCCUCUUCAACACUCGAUUUCAGUGCCUGCAACUGUGCAAACGAGAUUCCGAUGAUUUCAUCACGUAUGCGGGCACUGUUAAUCCUGAGUGUGGGCGUUUCCAACUCGGUUCUCUCACUGAAGGCCAGUUUAAAUUCCUUAUAUUUAUCUGCGGCCUCCAGUCCCCCAAGGAUGCUGAUAUCCGGACACGUCUCCUGUCCAAAGUGCAGCAGAACAAUUGCACCACACUCCAAGAGCUGGCAGCAGAGUGCCAAACGCUGAUCAACCUCAAGCACGACUCUGCAAUGAUUCAGAACCCUGCCUCAUCUUUCUCAGUCCAUUCGGUCACAUCGACCAAAUCGCAUCCUGUUACACGGCCCAAGCAAGUGUCCAAGUCGAGAUCUCCGCCAUCUCCUUGUCGGCACUGUGGUACGUGGCAUUUCCACCGGGAUUGCACUUUCCGCCAGCAUCGCCGCCAAAGCGGUUAUCAGGUGGGACACCGUGAUGGGUUCUGCAAAUCAUUACCAGCUUCUGGAGGCAAGCCAGCCCCCGCCACUCCUUAUUCCAGGCACCGUUUCCAGUCAAAACGCAAGCCCAAACCCCAGUCCGUUGGUAAUUCUCUCAGUCUCUUGGCUGCUUUCCAGCUCAAUGCGUCUGGUCGUAGAAAAUUUGUUGAUGUCUUGCUCAAUGGCCAUGCAGUUCGCCUACAGUUGGACACUGCCUCAGAUAUCACCAUAAUCUCUGAGAGACUCUGGCAGUCCCUUGGCAGCCCCACGAUGCAGCAGACUUCCCAGUCCGCCACAAGCGCGUGCGGUGGUCUCGUUCAGCUAAUUGGGCAACUGCAAUGCUGUGUGUCAUUCCGCGGGACCAGUAUCACUGCGAUCUGCUUCAUCACCAAUUCUGAUCUAAAUCUACUUGGUCUCGACUGGAUUGAACAACUUGGGUUGGCCGAUAUCCCGCUCCGCGUUGUUUGCAGUCAGGUGCAGAUUCCCGCUGUGCUUGCACACCAAGCCAAGGACAUUCUCCAACGGUUUGCUCCAGUGUUCCAAGACGACCUGGGUCAUUGCACAUACACUCAAGCCGUGCUACAUCUGUCUCCUGGAAGUCAACCAGUCUUCCGUCCAAAGCGACCAGUACCAUAUGCAGCCCUACCACUUGUCGAGGCUGAGCUGAAACGUUUAGAGGAACUGAGAGUUCUGGUUCCUGUAUCCUACUCCGCCUGGGCCGCUCCAGUCGUUGUGGUCAAGAAGCCUAAUGGCUCGAUCUGCAUUUGUGCUGACUUCUCCACCGGUCUCAAUGCCGCGUUGACGACGAACUACUAUCCAUUACCGGUUCCGGUUGUUCUUUUCACCCUGCUGAAUGGUGACACUUGCUUUGCCAAGUUGUAUCUCGCUGAUGCGUAUCUGCAGAUCGAGGUCGGCCCAGAGUCGCGCGAAUUGUUGACCAUCAAUACCCACCACGGUCUGUUCCAAUACACCAGGCUGCCCUUUGGUGUCAAGACCACCCCGGCCCUAUUUCAACAAACGAUGAACGCAAUGCUCUCCGGCAUCCCUGGCACAGCUGGGUACCUGGACGACAUCAUCAUCGUAGGUCGCUCCCCUGCCGAGCUGCAAGACCGAGUGUGUGCAGUACUCGAACGCGUGCAGGAAUAUGGCUUUCGCCUACGGGCCGACAAGUGCCAAUUCUUCCUCGACUCCAUCAAGUACCUUGGAUUCGUUUUUGACGUCAAUGGUCGCCAUCCAGAUCCUGAAAACAUUCGGGCCAUCCAACGGAUGCCUGCACCCAAGAAUGUAUCGCAACUUCGUUCUUGCCUUGGCCUGAUCAGUUACUAUAGCGCCUUCCUACCAUCGCUGCAUGACGUACGGGCCCCGCUCAACCGUCUGUUGCAGAAGUAUGCUGCCUGGUGCUGGUUCCCCGACUGUGAAAAGGCUUUCUCUCAGCUAAAGUCGAUGCUGUGUUCAGGUCUGCUGCUCACGCACUACGACCCGACGCUGCCGAUCGUUGUUGCUGCAGAUGCUUCCUACCACGGAGUUGAUGCCGUCAUCUCACACACUUUUCCUGAUGGGUCUGAAAAGGCGAUCAUGCAUGCAUCUCGCACGCUAACACCUGCGGAGAAGAACUACGGGCAAAUAGAGAAAGAGGCUCUAGCCCUCGUGUCUGCCGUCAAGAAAUUUCACAAACUGUUGUACGGUCGCCACUUCACGUUGUUGACGGAUCACAAACCAUUGCUGUCAAUCUUCGGUUCGAAGAAGGGCAUUCCCUUCUACUCAGCCAGCCGACUGCAGUGA